AUGGAGCAACUUCAAGAAAACCAAGUUGCCCUUCAGGAGGAAGUAUCCCAGGUGCGGUCCCAAAUGUGGCAGUUGAUGGAGACUAAUCAAGCAGUCACAAGAGGCCAAGAAAUUAGGGCAAAAAUGCAAGAAGAAAUGAACCAACAUGCUAGUACUACCAAUCCUCCUACCCUUCCAGUGGUCGAGACUCCGACUCCAGUUCCUCAAUUUGAUACUCCAAUUAACAUUAGUGCACCCGACGGUGUUCCGAACGAAAAUCCUCGUCCUCAUGUUUUUGAAAUAGACGACCAACAUGAUGCAUUCUUCAGCCGAAGGGUUACUUCUCAGUAUGACGCUUUCGGUUCAGCAACCAACGAGGUGGAGAGGAUGGUAAAGGCUAUAGAGGAAAAGCUCAAGGCAAUGGGGAACACCGAUGUUUUGGGCCUUGACGCGGCAGAAAUGUGCCUAGUGCUUGGGGUCAUCAUUCCAACCAAGUUCAAAGUUCCAGACUUUGAAAAAUAUAAGGGAAAUAGCAACCCUAUGACUCACAUUAGGGCAUAUUGCCGAAAGAUGCCUGCUUAUUCCAGUGAUGAUCAACUAUUAAUGCUUUUUUCCAAGAUUCCCUCAGUGGGGCAUCUUUGGAUUGGUAUAUGA